AUGGGAGCGCUCGAGGAGGCCUACCUCGCGGCCGCCGCGUGCGCGUGCGAGGAGGAGGAAAGCGACGACCUCGGCCUGCUCGCAGGGGACGCCGCAGCGGCGGGCGACGCCAUCGAGCCGGCGGUGCGCGCGCUGCUGCUGGGGCUCGGCGAGGACGACUGCCGCGAGGGCCUGCGUCGGACGCCCAAGCGCGUCGCCAAGGCCUUCCGCGACGGCACCCGAGGUUACAGGCAAAAAGUAAAGGACAUUGUGCAGGGUGCUCUGUUUCCAGAGGUUGGUGUGGACAAAAGGACUGGGUCUGCUGGUGGAACUGGCGGGCAAGUAGUUGUUCGAGAUAUUGAACUUUUCUCAUACUGUGAAUCAUGCUUGCUUCCAUUCAGCAUACAGUGCCAUGUUGGGUAUGUUCCCUCAGGUGGAAGGGUUGUUGGGUUAAGCAAGCUUUCCAGAGUAUCUGAUGUCUUUGCCAAGAGAUUGCAAAACCCUCAAAGACUAGCUAAUGAAGUCUGUGGUGCACUGCAUGCUAGCAUUCAACCUGCUGGUGUGGCUGUUGCUCUGCAGUGCUGGCACAUUCCUUUGCCAGAAAACCUGGAAUGCAAGACUUUGCAAGGCUGGAUUAGAACUUCACAUUCAUCUCGCUCUGGAGUUUUUGAGGGUGAAAGCAGCACUUUCUGGAGUGACUUCCUGGCUCUUCUUAAGCUUAGGGGCAUAGACAUGGAGGCUGAGGACGAUUCUGUCUCUAUUCCUUGGUGCCCCUUAAGGUCUCAUGAGGUUCCACUCUCUAAUGGGCUCUGCAAGAAAAGAUCAACUAAUGGCAUGGUUUCUGCAGUAACCUCAAUGCUCUUAUCACUUGGAGAGGACCCCCUCAGGAAAGAGCUUUUAGGCACUCCUCAGCGUUAUGUGCAGUGGCUGAUGAAGUUCAGAGCAUGUAAUCUACUAGACGUGAAGCUGAAUGGCUUUACACUUAGUAAUGUUAGCUUAUAUGAUAGAACAGGUGGAGGCACAGCUGAUCAUGGAGCAAUCCGAUCUGAGCUGCAUUUGCCAUUUUGUGCUCAAUGUGAGCACCAUCUUCUGCCCUUCUAUGGAGUAGUUCACAUUGGGUACUUUGACAAUGGAAGCAGAGAAGGCAUUGAUCGGUCACAUUUUCAGGCAUUGGUUCAUUUCUAUGGGUGCAAGCUUCAGGUUCAAGAAAGGAUGACAAGGCAGAUAGCUGAAGCGGUUUAUUCGGUUUCACACAAUGGGGCCAUGGUCGUUGUUGAGGCCAACCACAUUUGCAUGAUCUCAAGGGGGAUAGAGAAAAUAAGGAGUAACACGGCAACAAUUGCAGUUUUGGGCCAGUUUUUGACUGACCCUUGUGCCAAGGCAUGCUUCUUACAGAAUGUUUUAGAUACAGCUGGUUCUGCGAUAUGA